GGAGAUAUGACGUCAUAAAGCUGCGCCGCGCUCCCGCGUCUGUGAUUCGGCUGAAGAAAGACCUGAUGGCACUGAAAGAGGAGGGGGAGGUACUGAAUGAAAUUGAGGAGAAAGAUCAGUAUGAGAAUCUUCAUGAUUUCAUAACCGGAGAAAAAUCUUUUUGUUCCUUACAGUCUGGAAAGACUUCCACACGAAAAAUAGCUCAAAAGACAGAAACUAGGAAUUAUUUUGCUUGCUUUCAGUGUGGAAAGACUUUCAAUCAACAAGGAAAACUUAACAGGCACAUGAAAAUUCACAAUAGAGAGAAGCCUAACAGAUCCCCUCAGUGUGAAGAGAGUUUCAAUGAAAAUGGAAACCUUGAUGUCCACAGCCCUUUUACCUGCCAACAGUGUGGAAACAGUUUCACUAAUAAAGGAAGCCUUAACAAGCACAUGAGAGUUCACACUGGAGAGAAGCCUUACACAUGCAAUCAGUGUGGAAAGAGUUUCAGUUUUCAUGGAAACCUUAAAGUUCACACGAGAAUUCACACUGGAGAGAAGCCUUUCAUCUGCAAACAGUGUGGAAAGAGUUUCAGUCAACAUGUAAAUCUUGAAUCUCACAUGAGAAUUCACACUGGAGAGAAGCCUUUCACCUGCAAACAGUGUGGAAAGAGUUUCAGGCAACCUGGAAAUCUUGUUCACCAUAUGAGAAUUCACACUGGAGAGAAGCCUUUCACCUGCAAACAGUGUGGAAAAAGUUUCAGUCAACCUGGAACCCUUAAUUACCAUAUGAGAGUUCACACUGAAAAGAAACCCUUCACCUGCCUUAAAGUCCACAGGCGAAUUCACACUAUGGAGAGAUUUUUUACCUGCCAACAGUGUGGAAACAGUUUUACUCAUAAAGGAAGUCUUAACAGGCACAUGAGAACUCACACUGAGGAAAAGCCUUACAUAUGCCCUCAGUGUGGAAAGAGUUUCAGUCAAGAGCGAUACCUUGAAAUUCACAUGAGAAUUCACACUAGAGAGAAGUUUCAACCGAAAAGGUAACCUUCAGUGCCACAUGAAGAUUUACUCAAGAGGGACCUGUUUAAAUGUUAAGUGUUGUAUGAGUUUUACAGACAAGAAAAGCCAAAGAAUCAUUCAGAGACAUCGGAGGGAAGCCUGUCAUGUGCCAUCACUGUGGAAAGAGUUCCAGAAACAAAGCAAAUCUUGAGUUUCACAUAAGCUGGAUGAUGGCAUAACAUCUUCCGUAUAGCUGCUUUACAGCUGAAUCGCAUUUUGCAACAUUGACAUUUGUUAUAUUUAACAAAUAACCCCUAACACCCCUCACCCAACCAACAAGCCAACUAUGACUUCCCCCGAAAUGCAACUAAUGCCUCAAAAAGGCAGAACAGGCCUCUGG